UUCCAGUAGCGACAGGCUUUAUAAGGACCCUCCACCAGCCUAUCAUGAAAUUCAACCGGACGUUUUCUCUGACUACUCUCAUCGAAAUGCAAAUACCAGGCACCUUCGCACAAAUCAGAACAUAAAUAGGCAUCCUCGCACAGAUCAGAACAUAAAUGACGAGAGAGUUUGUCGGGAAUGUUGCUUACCAUUUACUGUAGUUGCCUUGGUGAUCUUCUUUAUAUAUUUUAGUUUUACUGGAACUGCACUAGUUCCUGAUCCUGACGACGUAACAAAAAUUCCGCGAAUGUUUCAACUACGGUGGCGAAGCAUUUUUGGCGGUGAUUAUACGAUGGUCAUAGAAUCUUAUGAUACAAAUGACUUCAGUUUAAGUGGACACAAUGUUACUUUAGACGACACGAUAUCUAGUGCAGAAUCACCUAUAGAUACAACUGGUGAUUACAUUAAGUAUCCCAUAAGAGCUCUUAUUUUAGAUGCACAUUAUGAUAUGGGAAAAUAUAGGUAUUUCAUUAUAUAA